UUGACUUCCUUUUUGUCCCAGGAUAUAAUAUUUGUUCUCAAUUUUUUUAUGUUGUAGCAAUCUGGUAGAAAAUUCUUUUUGAAUUGUAUAAUCAGCGUCAUGAUAGCGCUCGAACUGUCGUCUCCCUGUAAAGCUCAGUGCUCAAAUCCCGGGGAAACAUUGGAGUUUAAUUCAAGACCUCAACUACUGAAAUCGACAAUCUACCCGUGCUCGUGGAAGAUUGCUGUUCCAGAUGCAGAACGCACGUGGCUAAUUCAAGUCCGAGUGGUGCAUGUUGAUUUAGAAUGUUGUUGCGACAGUGACUAUUUAUUGAUAAAAGACGGUUCCGAUUCCGCUGCCAGAUCUAUUGUUGCAUUAUGCAGUGGCGAAGAACCAAACCCGACUACAAUAACUAGCAGUGGACCCAGUCUCUAUGUGGAGUUCAUCAAUGAUGGAGACAUGACUGGAUCGGGAUACUCUUUGCAGUUCGUCUACUUUGAUUCAAAAGUGUCCUGUCCCGGCGGUUGGGUUAGCAGACGUGGUUUCUGCUACAAACUCUACCACGAACCAGUACCAUGGCAACAAGCAGCAUCACGAUGUGGGUAUGAUGGAGGGUUCCUGACAUCCAUAGUUGAUCAAGAAGAGAAUGACUUUCUUCUAGAAUCUUUUGGAAAUGAGACAUCUUUAGCAUGGAUAGGAAUGAACUCCAGCAGGCGUUGGCUUGAUGGUUCCAGUUCUCUUCAUUACAACAAUUUCAGAUACCCGACGAUAAAUGAGUUACGAUGUUACACUCUUGAACUGGAUAAAAACGGAGCAUGGUCUAAUUCAAAUUGUGAACAAGAACAGAACAACUUUAUAUGCAAGAAAACUCAAGACGGAUCUGGAGGGAGAUACUGGACUGCCCUUCAUGGCCGAAAGGGCGACUCCUCGGGUAUCAGCGAUGUAAGCAAAAUCCUCAUAUGGUUCAUCGUGGCAGCCAUACUCCUUUUGAUAGUUUUCUUCCAAGGCAGGCGGGAAAGCUGCCUAUACCCGAUCAUGAAGGACUGCAUGAAAAGCCCUAAAAACUCCUGCGUAGGCUGCAUACGCGUAGUGUUGAAACCAUGCUCAAUAUGUAUUGAAACUAUCCGCAAAUGGUACCAGAGGCGGACGACGCGAACAUCCUCUCCCUGCUCUAGCCAACCUACUACUCCUGAACCAACCAAUCGAGCUCCCCUAGCCCAGACCAUCUUUCGAAGAGGUUCGACGUCAUCAGAAACGGACGAUUAUCCGCGCAGAGAGUUCGGGACAACGCAGUCGCCGUCGACCUAUAAAGAUGACGUGAUUUCGGAGGCUCCUCCCCCAUCCUACAUUCAUGCAGUGGACGAUCAUCCGCGUAGAGAGUUCGAGACAACGCAGUCGCCGUCGAUCCAUAGCGAUGACCAUGACGUAAAAAAGGAGGCUGCACCCCCAUCCUACAUUCAUGCAUUGGCGCCUACGUUUGACGUUUUAUACAAUGACCCUAGAGGUUCAGAAACAUCGAUUAAUGCUAGAGAAUCAAUAGCGGCACCCUCAUACGAGUUUGCAGUUGCAGGAUUUCAAACUACCAUUUGA